AUGGCCUCGCCAGCUCGUCGUGCAAGACCUCAAGUAACGGCAGAAGUUCAAGUCAGACUACCACCAAUAAAAUCAUUACAACUAGCACACACAACAACAGAACAAGAUACAGUAUACCCAACCCCACUAAGCGCUGCAUGGCCACCAAAUCAGCAAUUCGCUCGUACAACUCCCCUAGUACCAACAACACUAGAUCCAACAGCCUAUCCAACUCCAAUCUCUGCACGUCCUCACAGAACUUCAUAUCAGCAAUUUCAAAACUCUUCCUUCCACUACGUACCACCAACAACAGCAGAAAGUACAACAAGCACGACAAGUUCAACCAGAAAUUUCAUAGACGACAAGACUCUCCCAUUCGCUCACGACAGAACAACAUCCUACCCCCGUUAUCCACACCCACCACGUGACCCACAACAACCAGACGAUCGAAGCGUGUACACUCCAGCAGAAGCACGCGCCACUUAUAGCCCAUAUGCGCAAGACGCACGUCCUUAUCCACAGGACCCGCGCUACACCCAAGACCAUCCACGCCCACCCUAUACCACAACUCCCGACCCUAGAUACGACGCACGUGCAACCUACCCAGCACAAGAUACGAGGACAUACCCAGACCCCCGCUAUCCGGAUCCCCAGAGGGCCUAUCCAGCUGAUCAACGGGGCUAUCAGACAAGCCCCGAAAUCGAGAGGGCCUAUCAGGAUCCGCGCUAUCCCCCUCAGGAUGGCCGUCCAACUUAUGACGCGCAUGGCCGUCCCUAUCCUCAAGAAUCAAGGGCCUAUCCACCUCCGCCGCAGCCAGGUCCACCGCAGCCCCAAACGCAGGACACGCGAUACACCCCUACCCAAGAGGCCCGAAAUACAUACCCUCCACCCACGCCUGCCUAUCCCCCAGCGCAGGAUACCAGACCGUAUGCACCGCCUCCCCCUGUAGAACGUAAUUAUUCGCAGACGGAGGCGAGAGGGUAUCCGGGGGAAAGGCAGCAGCAGCAGCAGCAAUUGGGUUAUUCGCAUGAUGCACAACAACCAAGGGUAGAUCAACGUUCGUCCGUGCUGGAAUCACAGCCACAAUCACAGCCGCCUCACUCUCAUUCACAACCUCAACCUUCACGCGAGCACCGCGGAACGACUUCCAACGAUCGUAAUUUAGGUGUGGUCGAGCCACGUGCGGUGGAAGUCAGGCCUACUUUACUACAGAGGCAGUCGGUGAGCGAUGCGAGACCUGUGGCAGUGGAGACUAGGAGUGGGUUGGAAACGCAAGUGAGGGGUGUGGGCAUGGAGACGCAGCCGAGGAGUGUGGGUAUGGAGACGCAGAGGCCACCGGCGUUCGAGUCACAGAGGCCACCAGCGUUCGAGUCGCAGGUCAGGGGAGCAGGGGUGGAGACGCAGACACAGACGCAAGGCAGGCAGGCAGUGUUUGAGCCGCAGCCGAGGCAGACGAAUUUAGAGACGCAGACACGACCACCAGUAUUCGAGACGCAGGCGAGACCUCCGGCUUUCGAGUCUCAGCCAAGACCGACGUUUGAGCCUCAGAGGCAGACGAUGAUCGAGCCACAACCAAGAUCGACGUUUGAGUCUCAAUCAAGAUCUACGGUUCUCGAGUCGCAAGUGAGACCUACGCCAUUUGAGCCUCAGCAAAGACCUGCGGUACUCGAAUCACAGCCAAGACCGCCUAUGAUGUUGGAAGGUCCAGCGAGAUCUACGGGCUUCAUUUCUCAGUCUCAGUCCCAGUCCCAGUCUCAAGGAUCUCAAAGGGUUGCAGGAGGUGAUAGGAUGAGCAAGGACGAUGUCAUUCGAGAGAUCGUUCAGCAUUGUACGGCGUUAUAUAAAUUUGCAGAUCAUUAUUCCACCCUCCAAUCCUCCAACCCACAUCUCCAACCGCCUGCGGAAGAACUCGCAGAAAUGACAGCCCGUGCAGGAGAGGUUGUCCGUCUUCUCGAAGCACUCCGAAACGACAUCCCCAUCUUCCCAUCCUCCCUUCUCUCUGCAUCCGCAUUUACUUCCCCACCCGGACCCCACGCACUCGUCUCAGUGCACCCCCACGCUCUAGAAGCAGCCGUCAAAGGACACAUAAACUCGAGCUCCAGUCUAGGAAUGGGCAUAAUGGACAUCGAUGCGCCAGAUCGGGCGCCGAAGCGGCCUUGGGAGGAUGUAGAAGGUAUGCUACCUCCUGGAUCUGGGCCUGGUAUCGCCCCAUCUUCAUCGGCAGGGCACGUUCCUGUUCCUCUCGCAUCUCCAUCGGGGUUAGGAGCGGCGCAGAUUCCUGGAACGGCUACGGGUUUGGGUGGGGCACAGGAUCAAGACCGAUCGAUGGCUGAAGCAGAUAUGGAACUCAUAAGGACCAAGAGAGCGCUGACGACCAUGGCGGCCGCUGCUGCGCUGGGUGGGAAUGGGGGUGGAGGGAGUGGAGGGAAGAAUAAGUAUCGGAAGCGGAGUGUGAGUCGUUUUAUGUUUUUUACUUGGACAGUAUUCGGUGCUGACUGGGUGGUACGGUGGAUAGCGCGCGACACCUCCUGGAAAAUGCCAUUCCUGCAAUAUUCGGGAGACGCCAGAGUGGAGACGGGGACCGGAUGGUGCAAGGACGUUGUGUAA